GCAUCUUUGAAAUGUAUUAAUGAUCAAGCGAUCUUACAAACACUGCGGUUGCUGCACCGGAAGCCAGCAUUGAGAAAUCACCACUUGUUAGAAAAUAAACCACAUGACCGGAUUGUACAUAUAAACUCGUGGACUUUGUGUCCGGUUGACUGCUACUUAAACAUUGUUCUGGAAUAUAGCCUACUCAUAAACCAGUAUCCUCCGAUUGCAGAUCAAGCGAUCUUACAAACACUGCGGCUGCAGCACCGGAAGCCGUAUAAAAUGCUUACUGCCUUAACGGCAUAUCACCAACGUUUCCUGCGUUGGUGGGAGUUCCGACCAAAUGAAUAUAACCAAGCAUCGCUGGUAUUUUCAAGGCAGUCUGUAAUUGGAGUUACUUUCGUCUGCGGAAAUAUGCCGAAGGUUCGUUGUUAUCAUUUUGACAUUGAGUGCCGUGGACCAAUGGUGGAGCUGCUUUAUACUUUGACGGAAGAGAGUGUUGGUCAAGCGUUUAAUAGGGAUAAUCGUCUUAAGACUUUGGUGGUACCUGCCCUGGGUAAGGUAGAAAACGCUUUUGCCCAUUUCAAUGAGACAAAACAGAAGUUAAGGAUCGUAGCAUCCGCUAAACAACGCGGGACUGCUAAUGAUAUCCUAAAAAGGGUGAAUUCUGGUAGAAAAUUUAUAGAAAAUAUGUUACCAAAUGUACAACUUAGUGGUAUCGAUUUUGGCAACCAUGACGUGUCGUUGAAGAGGUACGAAGAAUGCAAUAAAACGUCUUGCAAAUAUGUGAUAACAGAACAUGUGAAAUCAUUUCUUAAGCGUAAGAAUUACACAAAUCAAGGCAUUUCAACUGACGAUGCUGACACCUCGACUGGCGGUGCUGGCAUGGGUAGCAAUAAAUUGAAAAGAAAAGCUUCAGCUGAUGAUGAAAAAGAAACCAAACGGCAAAAGAAUAACCAAGAUGAUGAACCAACAUCAGCAAGCCAAGAUUAGAGACAGAAAGCGAAUUUAAACGAUUGGACAUUGGAGAUCAAAACAACUUAUAACCUAUGGUGGUACCCCGGUACUCCUGUACUCCUGCCUAACGUAUAGCACGAUUCCUAUAUUCAAGAAAAAAAUCGAUUUUGUAAAAUACACAUUAAUCUGUCAUACCUGUUGUGAAGACCGUGAGUGCAUGUAUGUGCAACGUUUGCCAGAAGACUGUUUAGGGCAGUUUUGCUGUAUAUCUGCGUCGCUGUUUGGUUGUUUUUUGGUCCAGAUAAAUAUCUAAUAUUGUACUAAAAUAUAGAAAUAACACCAUUAGUAUAAACUUAACAUUUGUACCGAGCAUUGCGAUACACAUUAUGUAUUUAUACGAAUCGCAGUUGAAAACUACCGUAUGUGUAUAGAGCUUCAUAUGUGCAUAGAAUGUAUUAUAAAACUGCAAGUAGAAAUUUUUACCGAUUCGAGAAUACAUUAUCAUUGUAACAAAGUAGUGCACUGUUCGUGCAUGUUUGCUGCUAUAGGGAGUGUUCCAAUUAAAAUGCAACUUAUUAAG